UUUGAGUUUGAAGACAAGAGUAAGGCUUUUAAAAGCGGGGCGGGUGGGAUGGAGAGUGUAGUGUGUACUGCUCUUCCAGAGAACUUGAGUUCAGUUCCUAGCACUUACAUCAGGCCACUUAAAACUAACUCCAACAACUGAGGAUCCAACAUUUUACACAGGCAUAUAUGCAUAAACAGUAAUUUUAAAGUUUUUUUUAAACCAAGGGAGUAACUUGAACAAGAAAAAGUUGAAACUUUAAAGGAAUUAAUGACAGCAGAAGACCAAGCAAGAACUCAAGAAAAGAAGACUUGUUGAAAGCCAUAGCUAGAUGCUGGGAACGUAGCUAGGUCAUCUAAUAUUGCAGGAAACCCUGGAUUUCAUUCAUAGCACCAAAUAAAACCAGAUCAUUUUCAGCUUCCUACUGACUGCGAGGUUAGGCUACGUGAGACCCUGUCUUUAAAAAAGAAAAAAGAAACUUGGAGGAAAAAAAAGAAAUGUAAUGGACAAGAGAAGGUGGUUAAAAUCUGUUUUGGGCUGGAGAGAUGGAUCAACAUGUUGAAAGAGUGCUUGCUGUUCUUCAGAGGACUGAAGUUUGACUCCCAGCACCCACAUCAGGUGGCUUACCAUCACCUGUAAUGCAAGGGAUCCAAUCCCUUCUCUUCUGGCCCCUAUGGACUCCUGUACACGUAUGGUAUUCAUUCACUCACACACACAGACACACCACGUUAAAGAAAAUAAAUCUAAAACUUCCAAAUAAAUGAAUGAACCAAUGAAUAAAACUCAAGUGUUUCUGUUUUUAUUCUGGCAGUCAGAUAUAUGACCAGAAGGAUACCAAAAGUAACCAUGAGUAUUUUGAAACUAAUGAUUAGUAAGUUAAUAAUAGAUUAAUAUUGGUAUGCACUAAGGAAACCCUUUUUAUCCUUAAGUUUAUUGUCUUUAAGUUCUUGGGCAAUUUGUGAUAAAGCAAGUCAAGACAGCUAUGUUCUAAUUCUCUUAGAGUAUGAACAAAUCCAAGUUUUAAAAUGGGGUAAUAUAAACAUGAAGCUAUUUUUCCCAAGACAUAAAAAUUUUUUUUAAUCUAUUGUUUUCCUUUCGCUAGAUUUUAUGCCUCCUAAUGAAUAGACAUUUCUGGACUUUUUCUAUGAACUUGGGAGAUAGGGGUGUAAUGGGAGUGUUGAUUUGAAUGAUUUUUUUUUACAUUAACACAUAUUUUUCUGUGUGUUUACAGGUAGGGUGUGAGUGGGUUUGGUUGGAUUCUGGACAAGACUAUCGUGAUGACUCUGAGUUGAGCAGUGACUGCAGGUCCCUCUUCAGCUCUUUGGAUUCCAGCCUGGAUCUUGAUGUGGGCAGCUGGAAGGACACUGAGGAUGCAGAGGCUGAUGAGCUGGAGGAAAGCAGUCCAGAGAAAGAAUCUAGCGAGCUUCUUGUGGAAGAUGUCGAGAGUGAAGAACCUCAGGAAGAGGCAGAAAAAGACACAUCCCAGAACCUCCUCCACCUCCUCUCUGAGGGGGAAGCUCAGCAAGUCUCAAAAGAGGACAAUCAAGGCGAAGGGUCUGCUUCAGAUGGAGAAGACACGCCCCCUUUAGGUGAGGGUCGUGACGGCAUCCGAGUUCAGGAAGCUCCCCUCGUGAAUAUCCUUUACAACUGUACUAACUCCUCACAACUGAAUGACCUAAGCCAAGGUGAUCCUAUUCAGGAUCAUUUCCUAUUUAAGAAGACUCUUUUGCAAGUCUGGAAGAUGAUUGCCAGUCACAGGUUUAGCAGCCCAUUUCUGAAACCUGUGUCAGAAAAGCAGGCCCCCGGAUACAAGGAUGUGGUGAAAAGACCCAUGGACUUAACCACCCUGAAGAGGAAUCUGUCUAAGGGACGCAUUCACACCAUGGCUGAAUUCCAGCGGGAUCUGAUGCUGAUGUUCCAAAAUGCUGUGAUGUACAACGACUCUGAUCAUCACAUAUACCACAUGGCUGUGGAGAUGCAGCGGGAAGUCUUGGAGCAGAUUCAGGUGCUGAGUACAUGGCUGGAUAAAAGGAAGGACUUGAGUAGUCUGGAAUGAGUGCCAGUUAAUCCAGCGGAUGAAGGAAGCGGGCUUUGUUAGCCUGGAACUACAAGUCUGAUUCUUCCUCAAGUUACAGCUCUGCUUAGGACUGACCAGAGAAGAUGUGAAGACUUACUCUCUCUCCAUUACCUUUCCGAAUAAGGAUGAUAAUGCCUUACUUACUAAGAUGUCAAUGGUGCUUGCAGAUGUAAUAUUUUUUAAAGGGUGGGGUAGGGUACCAAGAUCUGGAUUUAUGAUGUAAAUAUUGCCCAUAUUUUUGUUGCAUAGACUUAGAAGUAAUUUGAUUGAACCUUUUGUUUCUCUAUAAAUAAAUAUUU